CUGAGAGUCGUUUUCCUUACAGACCCGAGAAAGUUGACCGGUGGAUUGGAUUCACGAGUGGAAGAACAAAGAAAUUACAAUCCAAUGAUUUCAUGGGCAUUUCCAUUUUCCAGUCUUCUGUUUCCAGAUGACUGCGAUUUUUCUUCUGUACUUUAUAUGCACAAUCCGUUGCUUCGAUCGGAGAAGCAAAUUCUUCUGAGACUUUUCCAAGCUUCUCCUAUUGAUUUUCUUCGAUUUCGUUGCGGAUCCUGUGAUGCGAGAUCGAAGAGAAAUGAACCUCCAUAGCCAUUUGGUUGUUUUCUUUCUUCCUUUGCUUCUUCUUCUUUCAAUCUCUUCAUCGGCAGCCGCCAUAUCCCUUGGUUCAUCGUUGAAAGCUUCCAAUCUCGAGCAGGCGUGGAAUUCGUCUAACGGGGAUUUUUCUUUUGGUUUCCGUCCCUCGGGUGUAUCCAGUUCCUCUCCUUCCUUCAUCGCCGGCAUAGUCUACACCGGUGGUGUUCCUACGAUUUGGUCCGCCGGCGGCGGUGCUGCAGUGGAUGCUUCAGGUGCUCUUCAUUUUGAUUCCGACGGUAACCUUCGUCUUGUCAAUGGCUCUGGUGCCGUCGUUUGGGAAUCUAACACCACCGGCCGUGGCGUCGCCUCCGCUGUACUCGAUAACACCGGCAACCUGGUUCUUCAAAACAGUAGCGGCGAGCCCGUCUGGUCUUCCUUCGACCACCCGACCGACACGAUUGUUCCAUCGCAGAAUUUCACGGUGGGUAUGGUCCUGCAAUCCGGUCGGUAUUCUUUUGAACUACUUUCUGUUGGAAAUAUAACUCUGAUUUGGAAUGGAAAUGGACCGAAUAGCGAUGUAGUUUAUUGGAAUCACGGCUUAAAUACGUCGAUCAAUGGGACUUUGAAUUCUCCUAGUCUACAAUUAGAUCCUAUCGGGAUGUUGGCUGUUUUUGAUUCCAAAAUACCAGCCGGAUCAUUUGUGGCUUAUAGCAACGAUUAUGCAGAUGGGGCUGAUACGCUUAGGUUUCUGAGGUUGAAAAAUGAUGGAAAUUUAGAAAUUCACAGCGUCGUUAGAGGCAGUGGGUCCGAAACAGUGGGAUGGGAAGCUGUUCCAGAUAAAUGUCAGAUUUUUGGAUUCUGUGGGGAACUUAGUAUUUGUAGUUAUAAUGAUACAAGUCCGAUCUGUGGUUGCCCAUCUGCAAAUUUUGAGCCAGUUGAUCCAAACGACUGGAAGAAAGGGUGUAAGAGGAAGUUUGAUAUCGGAAACUGUUCCAUUGGCAUUACCAUGUUGGAGUUGCCAAAUACAAAGUUAUUAACAUAUCCAGUAAAUACAGAGGUUUACUCGAUGCAGAUAUCGGGGUGUCAAUCGAAUUGUCGACAAAGUUCUGCUUGUGUUGCCUCCACUGCCCCAUCAGAUGGAAGUGGGUUUUGUUAUUACGUACCAUCAGGUUUUAUUAGGGGAUAUCAGAGUGCUGCACUGCCAAGCACUGCAUAUCUCAAGGUCUGUGGACAAGUGAUCCCAAACCAACUGCAAUCCCCUGAUGUUCCAAGGCAGAGUGAGGGUAGAAAUGUGAAGGCUUGGGUAUUGGCAGUCGCGGUUUUGGUCACCCUUUUUGCCUUGGUUGCUCUUGAAACUGGUUUAUGGUGGUGGUGUUGCAGAAACAGCCCCAAUUUUGGAGGGAUGUCCACUCAAUACACUCUUCUUGAGUAUGCUUCUGGUGCUCCGGUCCAGUUCUCGUAUAAAGAACUUACGCGCGUGACCAAGGGUUUCAAGGAAAAGCUUGGAGCCGGUGGAUUUGGAGCUGUUUACAAAGGUGUUCUCACUAAUAGGACGGUUGUUGCAGUGAAGCAACUCGAGGGAAUCGAGCAGGGAGAAAAGCAAUUCAGGAUGGAGGUAGCAACUAUAAGUAGUACGCACCAUUUGAAUCUGGUGAGAUUGAUUGGUUUCUGCUCGGAAGGACGCCAUAGGCUAUUAGUAUAUGAGCUCAUGAAGAAUGGCUCUCUUGAUGGUUUGCUUUUCAAGACAGAAGACGGACACUCUGGGAAGUUCCUCAACUGGGAAGAUCGAUUCAAAAUUGCAGUUGGAACUGCCAAGGGGAUCACAUACCUUCACGAGGAGUGCCGGGAUUGCAUCAUUCAUUGUGAUAUAAAGCCAGAGAACAUACUCUUAGAUGAGAAUUUGAAUGCUAAAGUCUCAGAUUUUGGCCUGGCAAAGCUCAUAAAUAUGAAAGACCACAGAUACCGAACAUUGACUAGCGUGAGAGGGACGAGGGGAUAUUUAGCACCUGAAUGGCUUGCGAACCUGCCCCUGACUUCAAAAUCUGACGUUUUCAGCUAUGGCAUGGUUCUAUUGGAGAUUGUAAGUGGAAGACGAAAUUUCGAAGUUUCUGCAGAAACAAAUCACAAGAGGUUCUCCUUGUGGGCUUAUGAAGAGUUUGAGAAGGGAAAUGUGAUGGAAAUUGUUGACAAAAGGCUUAUGGAUCAAGAGAUUGAUAUGGAGCAAGUGAGUAGGGUGGUUCAGGUGAGUUUUUGGUGCAUCCAGGAGCAACCGUCUCAGAGGCCAAUGAUGGGAAAAGUGGUGCAGAUGAUCGAAGGAGUCGUCGACGUCGAGAGGCCUCCCGCACCCAAAGUUACAUCCAUGGUGUCUGCAAGCGGAACAAGUACUUAUGUCAGCAGCAACGUGAGUAAUUUCUCUACCACGGCAGAUUCAACGGCUACACCCGCUACACCGGCCUCGUUUUCAUCAUCUCUUGCUGCUGCAGACUUGACUUCUGGUGGCAGGAACCUUGAGAAAACAACUUCAUCCCUUCUGGAAUCAAGGUACGACUAAGCCCUUCAGUUCUUGUCACAUUUCAUACACCGAUCUUGGUACAAAAGUUGCUCAAAUGUUUACUAAAAAGCUUACAGUUUCAAGUCAUGGUGGAUCAACAAUCAAAGUUAUCUUUCCAUGUAAAUGUGAAAAUAUCUUGUAAAUAGUUAGUUGCUAAGUUUUGUUUUGGUGUUGAGGGCGCAAGCCCAGCUAAGUUCCUUGGAAGAUCUAAUUAUAGUAACUCCAAAUAAAACUGUAUUGAUCGCCAAAUUUACUGUCUCCUUUAUUAUUUGUAUGAUCAUUAUGAUAAGUAAUUGUGUGUGUCUAUAUAUAUAUUUCAAAGGA